GUUCGACACGUGUGUCGACAUCCUCUGCUCAACAGAUUACGGUUUGAUGGAAUCUGACUGCCAUGUGAAGAGAUCGCGUCUUCCUUGUAGACUCGAGCGUUUACUCCCUGCAGGAUGUUGUUUGCCUCUACCGCUUGCCGAUGGGCUAAUUCUGGUGCUGGCUCGAAGGCACAAGUUGAGUGACCAUCUCCUUGACAUUUUCUUUAAUGAAGACUGCGAAGUACGAUCUCGCAUAUUGCCACUGUACGCUCGUCACGUGCCGUACAGUUCUCUAGGAAAUAUGCGGCGUUUCAGUCAAUUAACAACACUAGAUCUCUCAUUUAGUAAGUUCUACUCGUCUUGUAGACAGUAUGCAUACAACGAGCAAGCGACAGCUGGGAUGCUGUCGGAAUUAGCUGGUGUUUGUGCUAACGGAUUGAGAGUUCUGAAGUUGAGUAACGUAUCUGGUAAUGUUGGACUUGAUGCAUUGCCACGAUUCAAUCACCUCCAGCAUCUUGACGUGAGCUAUACGAGAAUAACACCACAAAUCGUUCAAGAGGCUUGUCUAUUUAACGUAGGAGAGCUGACACAUUUGGAUGUGUCUGGCACUGUUGGUCUGAGUCUUGUGCAUCUGAUGCCUUCACUUCAGCAUCUUGAGCAAUUAUCUUAUCUUGGUGUUCAGAAAGCAUUGCUGGCUUUGUAUGAGAAGACUGCUGAUACUUCCUCACUGUCUGAUGUUGUCAGCAUGUUAGUUGAUAGCUUUGGUAAGAUGAAAAGUUUGACUAGUAUUGACAUGGGGAGCGUGUUGUAUGGAACUUAUACUCACACUGGUAGUGUUACUUUGGAAGAGAUGACCCCAAAAGAUUUUCUAGCCGCAGUUCUUCCCAGCUUGCACAACCUGACCUCGUUAGAUCUUUCCUACACUGACCAUUUAUCACUUUCAGAUAUAGUGGCUGAACUGACAUCUUGUGGUCUACUCAAUAAGCUAUUAUUUCUUGGCUUUGCUGUUCAUAUAGACGAAUCACGUCAUCAUUGGGACUUAGCCAGAACUCUGUCUCAGUCGGAUCAUCUGAAGCUGGGAUUCAUUGAGCAUUAUAGCUAUAAUGUCAUAGAUGCUACUCCUCUUUUAAGAGAAAAAUAUAUAUACCAACAAGGGCCGGUUCUGGCACUUAUUCUUAGUCGAUUAAUUGGCAGAGACAUGCAACGGGGUGAGCCUGCUGUUCAUGCCCUUGAGUUUGUUCUCCAGUGUUUGUGUCUGUUGGGGUUACAGAAAGAUGGAAUUUGGCAAGUGGUGUGCUGUGGAGUUCUAAAUCGUUUACCACAGUUUGAUCCUCAGGGUACAGUUCCUACAUUAUGGCUUAUUCAAGUAUGGGAACAAAUUUUGGAGGAAGUUUGCUACUUGGCAGUCAAUUACUCUGAAAAGUUUUUGAGAUCAACUUUCUGUAAAUACUGUACUGAAUUGUCUGAUUUUCUCGUUGAACGACCACUGCUCUUUAGCAGAUUUUGCUGUUUUCUAGUCCAAUUAAUGAAUGGAGACAAUGAAGACGAAAAUGACAAUCUGCAAAACAAAGCAUGUCUUGGUUUGUCAUCCAUAGCUGAAGUAACGACGAAUGACCAGACCCUGUGGUUGGUAAACCAUGCACAUUUACUAGACAUAUGUGUCACUAUUUCUCAAAAGUUGUAUGGGCAAAUAUAUGAAGAAAAUGAUGAUGACAGUAGUGAGCAACUGUACAAUGUUGUCAAUCUUAUUUGGAAGUUGUGUGAUGGGUUGCCAGCUGUAUGUGAACAGCUUAUAUCACCUGAUGGGUUGAACUUCUUGCCCUUUUGUCUACAGCUUGCUUGGAAGCUCCAAGAAAGUGAAUUUGGCAACAGUAGUAUACCUGUUCUUGGCUUACUAUCAACAGUUGCUGAGGUGCCUUCACUUCGUUCACAAGUUUGUCAGCGUUCUGUGUUGCAACUUUUCGAAUACCUUCCAGGCAAAGAGUCUGAUGGUGAUGUGGUACAUCUGCUUACAGCAUACUUGGCAUGUUUGGCAUGUAUGGACAUAGCAACAGGCACUGCAGCAAUCAAUUUCCCUACCAAAGAUACUCUUUUACAGCAAAUCAACAGCACAAUGCAAAGUGAUGAAGUUCUACAUGACAGAUAUGGUAUCAAGUCUUUUAGUGCAUUGCUUGAAAUGACUCAGUGUAUUAACACACCUGCAGUAGUUUCCUUCUCUUUAUGGCGGAUUGCCAUGCUUCUUCAAGGCGACUGUGAUUAUUAUUUUCCACUUCUGAAAAGAGAUGGUGGCAUCGCUAUAUUGCAAUCUUUGGUUCUACCUGCACAUUGUGAAGUACAGUGUCAGCAGCAUAUAGAUUCUGUAUUACAGAUUUGCUCUCAUUGUUAGAUGAUCAUCAUACUGUAAAUACAGAUGAGAGUGCUGCGGUGUUAUAAGGGCAUGGUGUUAGAUCGAUCUUCCUUGGCAGAUCUUGCAAGUUUCAUUCUGCACACUUGGUUAAUAUAUAAUAGCAAAUUUACUGAGAACACUACUUCAACAGCAUGAUUGAUCUACUUCAACGGUAGUAUGCCACAUUGCAUUCUGCUUGCAAAGCAUUCAAUUGGAAAUUAAAAUCACAAGAUUGGAGCUAUGAUAUAGUCUUAAUUGGCAACCUAC